CAUCUGGGCCGUGGAAGCCAAUGAGCUGAACUGUGAAUUUGUCUUUACCUACAUUAACUUUUCGGACCUUUGUUCGACCAGUUACUAUGACGAUGCUGUUCCUCUGAUCGAACUUCAAAUUGCGAAACAAGGAUUCCGUUUGGCUGCUUGGCUGAAUGUCCUUUUUGAUGGAAGUACUAAUCUUUAACGCAGAAAAGUUGGAUGAUUGAAUGGCAUUUCGUCAUUGUUUUUCCUGGUGAAAUAAAAUCUCUAUUGCUAUCGAAGGUCUUUUCGGUCCGAACCUGUUCGGUGGCCGGGCUGUCCACGGUCCGUAUCUACUACCACCAUAUGCUGCAUGCGAUCGAAGUUCGCAUGGUACCUUCUCGAGGAAAAGAUGGAAGCUUGGCACGCGGCUUUGUAAGGUGUUGCCAAUUCCUCACCAUCAUGAUCAGGCUUUGGAGUAUCGAAACGCGUUUUGGGGCCAUGUCGCUCCUCCAACUUCUGUGCAUUUUGUCGGUUACGUUCGCCCAGUUAACCGAAGAAGAGUUGGGUCCUUUGAUUGAAGGUUUUGCAGAAUUUUCAGCAGGAAGUGCAUUGACAAAACGAGUGCCGUUAAUGACCGAUGAUCCCACCGUUGUUCCCCUGGUCGAUCUCCAGGUCUUUGCUCCCCCAGUCGUUCCUCAGGAAGGGCAAAGCUGUGAAGUAGAAUUAUUGAGGCAUACUUUUGGAGAUGGUUCUUAUAAUAAUCCUGCUAUAGCUGCCUAUUCCCCUCCUACCAACUCUGAUUGUGGACAUAUUGGACAAUGGGCUGCUAUUAGUCUGAAUGUUUCGGUUUCUUCAAAUGGUACACAAUAUGAUCGUCUAGGUUCCAUCUACCUGUCCCACGUGGAGAUUUGGCGUACGUCAAGUGCAGAGCCCACCAAGACGGGAACGAUAUGGAAUACAAUUAAGGACGUCACUCAUUUCACUCCGCUUUUUGCUGAGGAUGGCGAUUUCAUGAUGGAUUUUAGCAACAUUAUUUCUGAAGAACUCUUACUUGACGGUGUUUUCGAUGUGAUUAUAACAGCGACAUUUUAUGCUCCUACGCCAAACUUUCCAAACCCAAGGACAUCCGAUCUCAUUAUUCCACUCUCGAAUCUAUCUCCCACGGUAGCCAAUUACUUUAUCUUGGAUAGUGACGCGGGAGGUACCACGCUGGUGUCGCUGCCGGGUACUACCGUAGAAGCCUACGUCGAAAUUUUUUGCUCGGGAAAUUCAGCAGAGGAAUUCUGGUAUCUGAACACGCCUGAUGAAUUCACUCCUUACUUCCCAGACUCGACAGGGUUGAUUGGCAAAGGUCCUUUUCGCGAGGUCCAGGUCUUAGUUGACGACAAGCUUUUCGGUGUCGUAUGGCCAUACGCCGUGAUAUACACCGGUGGUAUUACUCCGUCAAACUGGCGUCCGUUGACUUCAUACGGCGCAUACGAUGCACCAUCGUAUUGGAUAGAUAUUACCCCGGCCCUUCCAAUUUUCUUGGACGGCGGCGAACACAACGUAUCUAUCUGUGUUCGAGGGCAAGGGACUCAUCCCUCUAUCAAUUCAAACUGGUUUGUUUCUGGGAGCGUACAUGUCAGGACAGGAAGUUCAAAAUCGUCUGGGGCCAUCAAAGUUUACGAGGUCCCCGAUCUGGACAUUCAAACCCUCGGUGGAGCUAGCGAAGGAAAUGAAACCGUUUGGACGAGAGUUACAGCUCAUCGUGAACUGCGGAUUCAAAGCGAAAUACAUACGUCGGAAGGAACAAAGAUCGUCACUUUCACUCAGUCACUGGACUACAUCAAUGAUGGCGCAUAUAUUGAUGAAGGCUGGAUCCAAUGGGGCAACCAAACUACGACGGGAACCACCGAAUCCAAGCACGAAGGAAGUCAGGUCCUUCGAGAUGCGUUUGAGUAUCCGUUAUCUGUAUUCUCGAACUAUUCUUUGUACGAAUUACAGUUUGGUGGAUACGGAUCCGAGAUUAACCAGACGCAUAUUCGAGCCAUCCAGCUUCCAACUGGCCCUUACACAUCCAUUCAUUCCGUACAGCAUGCCAAGGGUUGGAUAGGUAUGGAUGAUUGGCCUGGACUGAGACAUGCGAUCAACGGAACUGGCGAGACUGAGCAGACGUUUGCCCAUGUAGACGGGCGCGGGGCGACAUACUUUCGGGACAUUGCUGCAAAGAAUGAUGGAUGGGUCCGUGAUCGAGUAGGGGGUACAUUGCGUGACGCAAACCGUCCGGUGCCAGACAAUCAGAUAUAUGGACCAGACGGUGGGCCAGGUUUCAGAAGAUGACACGUACCAAGAGACCGGCUAGUAUAAGGCCCUAUGCCACGCCUUAGUUAUUAUAUAACG